UUCAAAGAGUAUAAACCAUCGUGUACAGUACGAACGAUCAAGAAUAAGAAGACAGCACGUGAAAAUAUGGCGGGACAAUUGGACGCUCUUGAAUUAAUGAAAGUGUUACCAGGAGUUACUCUUUCUUCUUCUUUGGAAAAUAAUCAGACCGUUUACACACUGAUUUCUGUGUGUCACUCUUUGCGAACUAAGAAUAAAAGUGACGUUAUAAUUAGUUUGCAAAAAGAUCCCGAAAUUAAGUGUUCCUUUAGAAUUAAAUACUGUACAGAUGGUUUCUUUCGUGCGAGCAUUCAAUUCAAAUCAAAGGAACCGUAUACAAACUUGAAGUACAAAGCGUUGCUUUAUAGCAAAGAAGACAACGAAAAAAACUUAACUUUCAUCGAAGAUUUAAACUUGGAAAACAUUACAGAGAAGUCCAUCUUUUAUUUUUCGCUCCCGUUCGGAUCUUCAUUUCGUUAUGAUACACAUUGCUAUCUAUUUUUUCAAAUUACGAGAAAAUAUAAUGAUUUGACUCCUAUGCAAAUCGAAGCUCCAGACAGUGAAAUAAUAAAAGAUUUUUCCCUACUCCUCGAAAAGAAGCUUUUUACCGACGUAAAAAUUAUUUGUCAAGAUCAGGUAUUCUCAGCACACAAACUGUUCCUCGUGGCUAGAUCACCAGUUUUUCAAGCCAUGUUUGAACAUAAUAUGAAAGAAUCACAGGAACACAAAAUCACAAUAACCGAUAUUGAACCGGAAAUUAUUGACCAUUUGUUGCAAUUUAUAUAUACCGAUACUGUCGAAGAUUUAAAAGAGGGGCAAGCAGAAAAGCUGCUUGCAGCAGCUGAUAAGUAUGCAUUAGAAAGGCUUAAACGAAUCUGCAUUAAAGAAAUAGCAAAAUCCAUAAAAGACGUUCAGGAAGGUUUCGAUCUCCUUGCAACUGCUGAAAAGUACAAUAUGCCCGAUUUUAGGGCCAUUGUUUUGGACUUCGUACAAAAAAAUUUUAAAAAAUCAUAACUAAAUGUUUUAUAAUAAACUCUAUAGAUUCGUUUUGAAUAAGAGUGAAUUCGUU